UGAAGGCAUUUUUAAAACUCCGGUAUUCCUAUUACCUUCAUCUGUAGUUGCUGAGUAAUAACAGCACUGAAGAAAUAAUGUUCAGAUAUUUUUUCAAAGGUCUACUUCUGAUAGGAAAAUGCUUAGUAAUGACAGAGGCACGCCCUCCAAUUCAGUGGCCAUUUUGUACUGUAGUUCUUCUGGAGAAACAAGUGGGAAUCAUCAAAGAAAGAAAUGUAUGGAUCAAAAAAGAAUAUGGACAAGAGGCAGUAAAUUUUUCAUUUAGGUCAACUGGAGAAAUUAGAACCAUGCUGUCUAAUUCUCCACUUUACCAAUACUUACAGGAUCUGGGACACACAGACUUUGAAAUAUGUUCUUCUUUGUCACCAAAAACAGAAAAAUGCACAACAGAGGGACAGCAAAAGCCUCCUACAAGAGUCCUACCAAAACAAGGUAUCCUGUUAAAAGUGGCUGAAACCAUCAAAAGUUGGAUUUUUUUUUCUCAGUGCAAUAAGAAAGAUGACUUACUUCACAAGUUGGGUUUCAUCUUUGUUGAAGGUGUGUUGAGAAGGUCAAUGAAGUGUCUUAUCGUCUACAUAGAAUGUCAUUUUUAUCCAGGUGGAGCCAUCUCAUUCUUCAGUGAUACUAGGACUGUGGAUAUUGGAUUCCGACUCGACUCAUUACAUACCAUCCUGCAACAGGAAGUCCUGUUACAAGAGGAUGUGGAGCUGAUUGAGCUACUUGAUCCCAGUAUCCUGUCUGCAGGGCAAUCUCAACAACAGGAAAAUGGACACCUUCCAACACUUUGCUCCCUGGCAACCCCUAAUAUUUGGGAUCUCUCAAUGCUAUUUGCCUUCAUUAGCUUGCUCAUUAUGCUUCCUACUUGGUGGAUUGUGUCUUCCUGGCUGGUAUGGGGAGUUAUUCUAUUUGUGUAUCUGGUCAUAAGAGCUUUGAGAUUAUGGAGGACAGCCAAACUACAAGUGACCCUAAAAAAAUACAGUAUUCAUUUGGAAGAUAUGGCCACAAACAGCCGAGCUUUUACUAACCUUGUGAGAAAAGCUUUACGUCUCAUUCAAGAAACCGAAGUGAUUUCCAGAGGAUUUACACUGGUCAGUGCUGCUUGCCCAUUUAAUAAAGCUGGACAGCAUCCAAGUCAGCAUCUCAUCGGUCUUCGGAAAGCUGUCUACCGAACUCUAAGAGCCAACUUCCAAGCAGCAAGGCUAGCUACCCUAUAUAUGCUGAAAAACUACCCCCUGAACUCUGAGAGUGACAAUGUAACCAACUACAUCUGUGUGGUGCCUUUUAAGGAGCUGGGCCUUGGACUUAGUGAAGAGCAGAUUUCAGAAGAGGAAGCACAUAACUUUACAGAUGGCUUCAGCCUGCCUGCAUUGAAGGUUUUGUUCCAACUCUGGGUGGCACAGAGUUCAGAGUUCUUCAGACGGUUAGCCCUAUUACUUUCUACAGCCAAUUCACCUCCUGGGCCCUUACUUACUCCAGUACUUCUGCCUCAUCGUAUCUUAUCUGAUGUGACUCAAGGUCUACCUCACGCUCAUUCUGCCUGUUUGGAAGAGCUUAAGCGCAGCUAUGAGUUCUAUCGGUACUUUGAAACUCAGCACCAGUCAGUACCACAGUGUUUAUCCAAAACUCAACAGAAGUCAGGAGAACUGAAUAAUGUUCACACAGCAGUACGUAGCUUGCAGCUCCAUCUGAAAGCAUUACUGAAUGAGGUAAUAAUUCUUGAAGAUGAACUUGAAAAGCUUGUUUGUACUAAAGAAACACAAGAACUAGUGUCAGAGGCUUAUCCCAUCCUAGAACAGAAAUUAAAGUUGAUUCAGCCCCACGUUCAAGCAAGCAACAAUUGCUGGGAAGAGGCCAUUUCUCAGGUCGACAAACUGCUACGAAGAAAUACGGAUAAAAAAGGCAAGCCUGAAAUAGCAUGUGAAAACCCACCUUGUACAGUAGUACCUUUGAAGCAGCCUACUCUACACAUUGCAGACAAAGAUCCAAUCCCAGAGGAGCAGGAAUUAGAAGCUUAUGUAGAUGAUAUAGAUAUUGAUAGUGAUUUCAGAAAGGAUGAUUUUUAUUACUUGUCUCAAGAAGACAAAGAGAGACAGAAGCGUGAGCAUGAAGAAUCCAAGAGAGUGCUCCAAGAGUUAAAAUCUGUGCUGGGAUUUAAAGCUUCAGAGGCAGAAAGGCAGAAGUGGAAGCAACUUCUAUUUAGUGAUCAUGCCGUGUUGAAAUCCUUGUCUCCUGUAGACCCAGUGGAACCCAUAAGUAAUUCAGAACCAUCAGUGAAUUCAGAUAUGGGAAAAGUCAGUAAAAAUGAUACUGAAGAGGAAAGUAGUAAAUCCACCACAUCAGACAAUGAAAUAAGUAGGACUGAGUAUUUAUGUGAAAACUCUCUAGAAGGUAAAAAUACAGAUAAUUCUUCAAAUGAAGUCUUCCCCCAAGGAGCAGAAGAAAGAAUGUGUUACCAGUGUGAGAGUGAAGAUGAACUGCAAGCAGAUGGAAGUGGUCUGACCACUGCCCCUCCAACUCCCAGGGACUCAUUACAGCCCUCCAUUAAGCAGAGGCUGGCACGGCUACAGCUGUCACCGGAUUUUACCUUCACUGCUGGCCUUGCUGCAGAAGUGGCUGCUAGAUCUCUCUCCUUUACCACCAUGCAGGAACAGACUUUUGGUGAUGAGGAGGAAGAACAAAUAAUAGAAGAAAAUAAAAAUGAGAUAGAAGAAAAGUAAGAACCAAGAUUCAUAUGAAGUGAUUUUAGAUUGUUCCUUUUACAAAAGUGUUUAGCUUCAAGACUGGAAAGGGAAUAUGAGUGUAAGUUUACUAUAUAUAAAGCUAAGAUGUGGAUUUAUAGGAAGAACCCUGGUUUGAAUAACUGAUCUGAAAUUAGUAGUUACCUGUAAAUGGCAGAUCUUUUAGGAAAAUAAGAGAAAGGUAAGGGCUCUUUUGAAUAAACUGCUGUUUUAUUUGUGGCACAACUGAUCAAUCUUGGAAAUUCUUUAAGUAUUUUUAAUAAGAAAUGAAUUAUCAUUUCUUGCCAGAAUUUGCUACCAUGAGGUGAUUGGGAAAAUUCUGUUGCAAGAACAUUAACAUUUAGUAUGACUCCUUUUUACUGUAUUCUUGCAGUUAAUAACUGCAGCUAUUAUGUUAAUAACAACUUGUUUGUAUUUUAUUUUUGUUUAUACCAAUCUUAAAACAAAGAUCCAGGUUCUGAAUAAAAAAAUUAAUUGAUACAAUUGAUGUGUGCUGGGGUUUGGAACUAAAAGUAGUUUCAACCGUGCAUGGGUUAUGACAUUUCUUAUGUUUCCUUGUUCGUGUGUAUAUUUAGUAGUUAAUUUUAAGAUGUCCUAGUGAUCUUUAAAAGAAAAACAUUGUACGAUUUUUUAGAAUUACACUUUCACCUUUCUUUCUGCAAUUGAAAGUGAUGAUGUCCAAGUGGGAUUCUUGUACUCCAAGGCCCCACCCCCAAUUUAGCAAGCAGAAAAAUGUUCCUUGUAUCACUUUACCUUGGAUAAUUGGGUACCAUUAACACAAACAGGUCACAAUGCUGCUGUUUUCUAGCCCUGUCCACCUUAAUGAGAUUCAGGAAACAUCCUGUCAGCCUGCUGGAAAGCAUCCUUGCCUCCUUAGUAUUUCAUUUACAAACUACCUCUUAACAGAGACUGCUUUUCAUAUUGGCCAAUCUCAUCUGUCUUGUGUUGUGAUUGCAUUUUCAAAGAGUAAUUAUUUUCAGCGUAUACAGUUUUGAGACCUGUAGCUCCUAUGCAGUACAUAGUUCUAUAGACAUUAUUUGGGGGAAAUGUAGGAAUAACUCAAUUUAUGUUGCUGUCCUAGAAAGGAAAUCGCAUGAUGAAUCUAGAUUGUCUUUAGAGUAAAGAAACACAUUCAAAUUCCUGUAACUUACCACUUUUAGUGAGUAAAUUUACUUAUACUGAAGGGGAUUUUUUUUCUUUCAGGAAUCUAAUUUACUUUUUAACCUGAGAAAAAACUUGAUUCUGCUUUAUAUAAAUAGUAGAGAUUAUUGUACUAUAAGUGAUUUUGCCUUUUUGCCAAAAUCCUGGAACUUAUCUAUAAUUAACCUCUUAGGAGCAAUACCUUAGGUUGGGUCUUGCUUUACUACUUAGAAAUAGCUAAAUUUCAAUUUUAAAAAUCUUUAUGUGUUAUAACUGUUAAAUUCUUCAAUAAUACUUAGGGUUUACUUUCUUAUUUAAAUCGCUUAUUUAGUUUACUGAUUUCUUUUUCUUUGGAUUUAGAAGAGGCAAUUAUGGAAAAACUUGGUAAUCUCUCUCUUAACCUAUAACCUUACACAGGGAAGAAUUAGAGUUUAAUAAUUUUUAAUUAUUUUAUUGUAUGUUAUUUUUAUUACACAAUUGUAAUAGCUAUGCAGUUGAAAUAGCUAUGCAAUUCACACUUAAUUAGAAAAUAAAGCUACAAAGUUUGGGGGAAAUAUCUUCAUAAUAUUGUAUCAGUUUUAUUCAGUGCUCUCUAAGGUGAUACCUUUUUAAUUUUGAAAGACUAAAUAAUUUUAAUCAAGAAUUUCCAGUCUUUCAGUCUGAUCUGUUUCAUUCACUACUUGUUACAUAAUCCAGUGAAAACUCUACUUAUUGAAAUUAUGACAUAAAGAUCUUGCAGCUUUAUUUGAAUAUUUAUUCUUUUGUAUAGUUUUCAUCUUUUAAAAUACUUAAAAUAUUUUCUAGAUAAAGUAUUAUCUUCUCUGCACAAAUUCCUGGAGUAAUUUUCUCUCAUAAUAUUUGAAGUCAGUGUUUCUCGGUUGUAUUAGUGGGGUAACUACAUCAAAAUAAAUAAAGUCUUAUUUUUAAAAUGCAAA